AUUCAGGUCAAAACUCAUCUAACUCUCGUAUCGAACGGUUCAACUAACCAUUCUAAUCUGAUGUUUAAAACACUAAUAUGUACAGAGAGAGAUGAAAAAUUGAGAAUAAUCCUAGGAAGAAAGACGAGAUAGAUUAAUAAUUUCAUUUCGAGAAAAAAAUGGAAGAAGCAAAGGCAAUGCAGCAGCAGCAGCAGUUGAUCCAAGAACAACAUCGACAACAACAACAACAACAACAACAUUUUCUGCUCUUACAGCAAUUGCAAAAGCAACAGCAAUCAUCCGCAAUUUCUCGCUUCCCUUCCAACAUUGACGCUCACUUGCGUCCCAUAAGACCCCUCAAUCUUCAACAAAACCCUAACCCUAACCCUAAUCCCAUUCUCAAUUUACACCACAACCCUAAUUCAAACCAUCUACCUCAGCAACAGCACCAAAAGAUUAUUCGACCCCCCGGGAAUCAAAUCGAGCUCCAGAUGGCUUACCAAGACGCCUGGCGGGUCUGCCAUCCGGAUUUCAAGCGACCCUUUUCUUCUCUAGAAGAUGCCUGCGACAGAUUAUUGCCAUAUCAUGUUGUGGCAGAUUAUGAAGCAGAAGAGGAUGAUAGGAUACUUGAUUCUGAUACAACUGGCCAGAUGCUUUCGAGGUCCCAACAGUGGGAUAAUAAUAUUGCUGCUAAAAUUGCUGAAUUUACUGCAACUUUUGAGAAGCAAACACUUGCCUUCAACAUAAUAUCGCAGAAGAGAAGUUUGGGGGAAUUUCGGUCCGAGGAGAGACUGAUGAUUGAACAGGCACUUCUUCAAGAGGAAAAACGGGCUCUGAUAGACUUAAGAGCUGAAUUAGAAUCCAGGGAGAAAGCUGGUCGUGAAGCCCACGAGGCUAAACUACGAAUGGCUGCAAUGUAUCAAGCUGAGCAGCAGGCAAGGGCUGAUUCACAAUCUCAUGCUGAAAUGAUGUCUCGAGCCCCCAUAAGAGGGAGUGCACUUGGUUCCCAAGGCAGUGACAUUGUGAUUGGUGGCCAUGACCUAGGAGAUCAGGAUCACAGUGAAAUGAUGAAUGGGUGGGGAAACAAUGCACAGAGAGAUGAGAAGGAGCCGUCUGAGGAUUUCUUGAAUGACGAAGCUGAGAAUGGUGAAACUGGCACGCCCGAUGGCUGGCGUGAGGUUGGUGAAUUUGAUUUAAAUGCUAGGUGAGAUGUUUGAAUAAAACCAUUUGAGAUAGUUUUAAUUAUGUGUAAGGAUAGCUAUCCAUUUCAAAAAAGCAUUUUCCUAUGUAUGUAUCUACAAGUUAAUAUUCUCGAGAUUACUGUUUUCUCAAAUUUACAGGGGCUGAAACAAGAAAACUAUUGAACAAGUAUUAGAUUGGAUGAAUAGUAGUGUUAGCGCACAUGGUUGGAUCAUUAUGUCCAAAGCAGUGUUAUAUAAACUCAAGUUUUUGUUCUUUAA